AUGGACCCCAGUCAGCCCCACGCUGAUCAGAACGGCCACCAGCCUCCACUGACAAAUGGCCUCAACGUCGCCCCUCCAGUAGCUGACGACGAUCAGCACCCCUCACCCCAGAUUGCCGGCAUCGAACGCUUCGACGAGGCAGUGGGAAAGGCUGUUGGCGGAACUGUCAUUUCGUCUGAUAUUCGUCCUAACGACCUGCCAAGUGCCGCCAAGCUGGACGCCGAGCUUGCUAAAAAGAACCCCAUACCUCCACAACAACAGGAUGUUCCUGCAUCGGAUGAAAAGGAUGCGUCUCCCACUACCAAACAAGGUGGGGCUGUCGACAAGGAGGUUACUGCCAGUGGAGCUGUGCUCGAGGACCCCAAGAGCCGUACACCUGGCGCCUUCCCAGAAGUGACCCGGAUCGGUUGGUUGGAUGCCUACAAGCGCACUGACGGACCCUCGAACGAGUUCCGCGACAAGUCCAUCUGGAUGGAGGAGUUUGCCAGCAGUGCCCUCUUUGGCGCCUUCUGGCACAACGCUGUCGCACUUGUUGUGAUUCCCAUCGUUUGCUUUAUCUGCUUCAAGCUCGGAGGUGGUUUUGUGACAUUGAUCCUCAUCAUCGCCUUUGGCUCUACCUACUACAAGAACUCCAUCCGUCGCUUCCGCCGCAACGCCAGAGACGAUAUUACGCGUGAACUCAUCAAAAACGCACUCGAGGAAGACUCCGAGUCAACUGAAUGGAUCAACAACUUCAUGUCCAAGUUUUGGCUCAUUUACGAGCCAGUUCUCAGUGCUACGCUCGUUCAAACGGUCGACAGUAUCUUGGUUGACCAAACCCCUGCCUUCCUGGACUCUAUUCGCCUGACUACUUUUACUUUGGGAACCAAGGCUCCUCGCGUCGAGAGCGUCAAGGCAUUCCCCAAGACAGACCCUGACGUUGUGUUGAUGGACUGGCGUGUUUCGUUCACCCCAACUGAUAUUGAGGAUAUGACCCCCAGACAAUUGCGCACUCAGGUCAACCCCAAAGUUUGCUUGACCAUCCGCGUUGGAAAGGGACUCAUUGGUGCCGGAAUGCCCAUUCUCGUUGAGGACAUGUCCUUCAAGGGCUACAUGCGUUUCAAGCUGAAGCUUACCUCCAACUUCCCCCACAUCAAGACCGUCGACUUUUGCUUCCUCGAACCCCCAAUCAUCGACUAUGUUCUCAAGCCAGUUGGAGGAGAGACCUUUGGAAUGGACAUUGCUCAUAUUCCUGGUUUGCAAUCGUUCAUUCGCGACCAGACUCAUGCCAUCUUGGGACCUAUGAUGUACGCCCCCAACGUCUAUACUCUGGAUUUAGAGCAAAUGAUGACCGGUGGAGCCUCCCUGACCGCUGCCGCCGGUGUUGUCCAGUUCACCAUUUACAACGCCAAGGACCUCAAGAACACCGAAUUGGUCGGAAACUCUGAUCCUUACGUCAAGCUCCGCCUCGGUAACCGCCCUGAGCUCGCCACUACCGCCGUCAAAGAGGAUACCCUCAACCCUGUCUGGAACGAGACCAACACUAUCUUGAUCAACAACUUGAACGAAGUCGUGUGCAUGGAGAUCUUUGACAAGGAUACCGUCCGCAAGGACCGUCCUUUGGGCCAGGCCAACUUUGAUUUGAAGUCUUUGGAGGAGGACCCUAUUCAGGAUGACGUUUGGUGCAAGGUUCUCCGUAACGGCAAGGAGCGCGGUGCCGUUCGUAUUCGUGCCGCCUACUUCCCUGUCCAGGUCCCUGGCCCAGCUGUCGAUGGCAUAGAGCCUGCCCCUAUUGAGUCCAACUCUGGUAUCUUGGCCAUCAACCUCGCCCAGGCUAAGGACAUUGCCCGCACCGGAAAGACUAAGUCACUCUGCAAGGUUUACUUGAACGGACGUCUCGCUCACACCACCAAGAAGAUGAUCGGAGCCAACCCUGCCUGGGGUGCCGAUGUCGACCUCUUCAUCACUGACCUUGAGGCUGCCCAGAUCACCGUCGAGGUUGUUUCAGAGGAUCGCGUCAUUGGUUCGUACGGAGCUCCUGCCAGCAGGUUGAUCAAGGAUACUACUGACAAGGUCGACUGGGCUACGCUACAGGGUGGAGAUGGCACCGGAAAGCUGAAGGUGACCGGAGUCUGGAAGCCAAUCCUGAUGGGCGACGACUUGAACCCCAGCGUCCACAAGAAUGCCUUUGGUGUUCUCCGUGUUAAGUUGCUCAGCGGACGCGAUCUCCGCAACGUUGAGAUUGGUGGCAGCUCGGACCCCUAUGUGGUCAUCACUGGAGAAAAGGGCAUGAGUCGCGGAAAGACCAAGGUCAUCGACAGCAACUUGAACCCUGUCUGGAAUGAGAUCCACUAUGUCACCGUCAACUCGAUGAAGCAGGAGUUUGAGUUUGAGUGCUUCGAUUUCCAAAAGGUUACCAAGGACAGGACAUUGGGCAAGACCGAGUUCAAUAUCAGCGAGGUUGUUGAGGAGUUGCCUGAUAAGGCUGGAUAUGCUGCUCGCCCUAUGAUCAACCGCUGGGCCCCAUUGAAGCAGAAGGACGGUUCGACCAAGGGUGAGCUCAACUACGAGAUCUCCUUCCACCCCUCGCUCAGAAUUGCCAAGGAGGCCACCGCGGCAGAGAAGGCGGCCACGGCCCUCCCCGACGACAACGCUGCCGUUGAGAGUGUCGAGACCACCCGCCCUUCGCCCACCAACCUGGAGAACCUUGACACUGUCGCUGUGGAGACCGCCGCUGUUACCCUGCCACCCAACACCAUCUACGCUCAUGAGGCUCUGGACUUUGACUCUGGUAUCCUGGUGACGCACUUGAUCGGGGCUGAUUUGGAUCGUUCUGGCACCUACUGCGAGUUCUACGUCGACAGCGACAGCUACCAGUUCAAGUCUCAGCUCCAAAAGUCCCGCAACCCCAAGUGGAACGAGGUUGCCGAUAUCUUUGUCAAGGAGCUCGAAUACGCCAAGCUGGUCGUCAUUGUCAAGGAGAAGUCGACGAUGGAAAAGGACCCCGUCAUUGGCAUCUUCUCCAGCAACAUCCAAAGUCUUCUCGAAGGCACCCCUGCCGAGGGUGGCUACUUCCCUAUUUUGGACAAGACUGACAAGCGUGGCAAUCUCCACUUGAAGUUUGAGUACUACCCUGUUCCCAUCGAGCUCCUCCCCAAGGAGCGUUUGGACAACAUGGGUAACCUGACUGUGACACUUGUCCGUGCCAAGAACCUGAUCGCUGCUGACCGUGGCGGCGCUAGUGACCCUUAUGUUGUCUUCAAGCUGAAUGGCAAGGAGGUUCACAAGUCCGAGGUCGUUAAGAAGACCCUCAACCCCGAAUACAACGAGACCUUUGUCCAGCCUAUCUCUUCUCGUGCAGAGGAUCAGUUCACAUUCGAAGUGUUUGACUGGAACCAGCUCUCGACUGCCAAGUCUCUCGGCGUCGGCGCCUUGGAUCUUCGUUCUAUCCAGCUAGUCUUGCCCAACGAGUUCUUGGUCCCUCUGCAGAACAAGCAGAAACAGGGCGAGGUUCAGUUGCGUCUUAAGUUCAUCCCCGAGUUUUUGUCAUCAAACAAGUCCAUGACUGGCUUUAGCUCGACCUUCAUUAGUGGGGGAGUCAACUUGGUGUCGUCUGGUGGAAACAUGAUUGGCCAGGCUGGUAUGGCUGGUGUCGAUGUCGUCACUGGUGGAGUUGGUGCCGUCGCUGGUGGAGUUGGUGCUCUUGGUCAAGGUGCUGUCGAUGUCACUGGAGUUGUCGGAAAAGGCGCUCUCAAGGGCGUUGGCACUGUCGGAAAGGGUGUUGGAGCUGUUGGCAAGGGUAUAGGAUCUGUUGGCAAGGGUGUCUUUGGUGGUCUCUCUUCAGGAGCAUCAGCCCUGGGACUGAACGGUAGGAAUUCUCGAUCGUCGUUGGAGUCCUCCGUCCCUGCUGAGGCUCCUCAAGUCCAAGCUUCGAUGAUGCCUAAUGCUCCCAGCACCCCCGAGAUGGGGGCCAUUCGUCCUUCCAACUCUGAGGCCUCCCUCAACGUCGCUUCGCCUACUCUUCCCCGGACAAGCGUCGGAUCGACCCGCUCACGGACGUCGAUUGUCUUUGACAACGGCGAGAUUGUUGGCGAGCCCGGCAACUUAACGAUCCACGUCAUUGAGGCAACAGAGCUCGCUGGCGUUGACAAGAGCGGUCUCAGUGAUCCCUACGUCAAGGUAUCCUAUGGCAGCAAGACGGUGUUGAAGACCAAGGUCAAGAAGGAGAAUUUGUCGCCUAGCUGGAACGAGUCAGCAACCAUCCCCGGAUUGACUGGCCACCCUGUGACGAUCAACUUCCUUGUUCGCGACCACAACACGAUUGGAAGCGAUAAGGAUCUGGGCGAGUUUGACUUGAGGCUGUGGGAGUACAUCCAACCGGCCACUGAGGCACACCCUGGCGAGUACAAGGCUGACUUCUGGGCACCGUUGAACGGUUCUGGAGGCAAGCUGCAUCUCAUGAUCGAGUAUGAUCCCACCCACGACGGUGAUGGCGCCCAGCGGAAGCGCAGCCUGUUCAGCCGCAAGUAA